AUGCCGGCCGUUGGACCCCGUGUGUCAAAGGAGGAGUUUAUGCAGGCGCUGGGGCUGAACUCGCACGAUCCCCAGCAUGAGCAGUACUAUCGAGCUAUGAGGGAUGAAGCCAUCGUCGUAUACAAUCGAAUGAACCAAGAUACCUCAGAUCUGCUGGACAGCGUCAGAAAUGACCCCAGCACCCGGCCACCCUUUUUCUGGCAUCAUAUCCGCCCGGAGAGACAGCGAUGGGGCAUCAUGGAGAUCUCACGGAACGCCGGGCCCUUGACGCGGCCGCUGUUCGAGCGGGGCAACACCACGGGCGAGUACGGUCCCAACUGGGUGGCUGGCUGGUUGUUGUACAGCGUGUUUCGGUCGAGAGAUGUUCGCAAUAACCGUAAUCGGCGGAAGGGUGACGAUCAUGGCCAGGAUUCGAAAAGGGAUAAGCAGACGGCACAAUCGGACAGUGGACUGACAAAGAAGACGUAUUAUGACCCGGUGAGGAAUGGAUGA